CCCACGCGCCGGGUCUCCCAUGACGCCCGAGCUCCCCGGCCGGCGACAAUGACCACUUCCCUGCAAGAUGGGCAGAGCGCCGCGGGUCGGGCGGCUGCCCGGGACUCGCCGCUGGCCGCCCAGGUGUGCGGCGCUGCCCAGGGGAGGGGCGACGCCCGCGACCUGGUGCCGGCACCCUGGCUGCACGCGCGGGCGCUCCUGCCCCCUCCGGACGGGACCCGCGGCUGUGCUGCAGACAGGAGAAAAAAGAAAGAUCUUGAUGUUCUGGAAAUGCCAUCUAUUCCAAACCCUUUUCCUGAGCUAUGCUGCUCUCCAUUUACAUCUGUGUUGUCAGCAGGCCUGUUUCCCAAAGCAAAUUCAAGGAAAAAACAGGUAAUUAAAGUAUACAGUGAAGAUGAAAUCAGCAGGGCUUUAGAGGUACCCAGUGACAUAACUGCCCGAGAUGUUUGCCAGUUGUUGAUCCUGAAGAAUCAUUACAUUGAUGACCACAGCUGGACCCUUUUUGAGCACCUGCCUCACAUAGGUCUAGAAAGAACAAUAGAAGACCACGAGCUGGUGAUUGAAGUGCUAUCUAACUGGGGAAUGGAAGAAGAAAAUAAGCUAUACUUUAGAAAAAAUUAUGCCAAAUAUGAAUUCUUUAAAAACCCAAUGUAUUUUUUUCCAGAGCAUAUGGUGUCUUUUGCAACUGAAACCAAUGGUGAAAUAUCCCCCACACAGAUUUUGCAGAUAUUUCUGAGUUCAAGCACAUAUCCUGAAAUCCAUGGCUUCUUACAUGCAAAAGAACAGGGAAAGAAGUCCUGGAAAAAGAUUUACUUCCUUUUAAGAAGAUCCGGUUUAUAUUUUUCUACUAAAGGGACAUCAAAGGAACCACGGCAUUUGCAGUUUUUCAGCGAAUUUGGCAAUAGUGAUAUUUAUGUGUCACUGGCAGGCAAAAAAAAACAUGGAGCACCGACUAACUAUGGAUUCUGCUUUAAGCCUAACAAAGCAGGAGGGCCUCGAGACCUGAAAAUGCUCUGUGCAGAAGAAGAGCAGAGUAGGACGUGCUGGGUGACCGCGAUUAGAUUGCUUAAGUAUGGCAUGCAGCUGUACCAGAAUUACAUGCAUCCAUAUCAAGGUAGAAGUGGCUGCAGUUCUCAGAGUAUAUCACCCAUGAGAAGUAUAUCAGAGAAUUCCCUGGUAGCAAUGGACUUCUCAGGCCAGAAAAGCAGAGUUAUAGAAAAUCCCACUGAAGCCCUUUCAGUUGCAGUUGAAGAAGGACUAGCUUGGAGGAAAAAAGGAUGUUUACGCCUGGGCACUCAUGGUAGCCCCACUGCGUCUUCACAGAGCUGUGCCACAAACAUGGCUAUCCACCGGUCCCAACCAUGGUUUCACCACAAAAUUUCUAGAGAGGAAGCUCAGCGAUUGAUUAUUCAGCAAGGUCUAGUGGAUGGAGUUUUCUUGGUACGGGAUAGUCAGAGCAACCCCAAAACUUUCGUACUGUCAAUGAGUCAUGGACAAAAAAUAAAGCACUUUCAAAUUAUACCAGUGGAAGAUGAUGGUGAAAUGUUCCACACCCUGGAUGACGGGCACACAAGAUUUACGGAUCUAAUCCAGCUGGUGGAGUUCUAUCAACUCAAUAAGGGCGUUCUUCCUUGCAAGCUGAAACAUUAUUGUGCUAGGAUUGCACUUUAGCCAAACAAGAAGUGACUUGUUAAACUGCUGAAGAAAAAGGACUCAAGAAAAAGAAAGACCAUAAAUAAGGGUGAAAGUAUU